AGAUAGCUAUAGCACUGGUAUUACAGUACUGGUAGUAUAGCCAUUGGUAUUGAGUGUGUGAGACAGUGGAACAGUGCUAUUGAAGUGCAGAGUGUCUACCAGUGCUAUGAAUAUGUGUGUCUCUCUCUCUCUCUCUCUCUAUCUCUCUCUCUCUCUCUAUCCUAUGAUAUAGUGUUUCGAUAGCACAUAGUAUUUAGUUAGUAGUGUUUGUGUUGUACUCCAUUGUGGCACUCAUUUAAUGGAGUCUUUUAUAAUAAUAAUAAUAAUGUAUUUUUCAAUACCAAUAGUGCUUCACAACAACAACAACAACAACAACAACAACACUGGACAACAUCAUCACCAGUGAGAGGACACAACAACAUCAUCGGUGAUAGUUUGUGUGUAUAUGUAUGUGUGUGACCAACCACUUAGAAAUAAAUACCGUCACCACAACUGCAAUUGAUUUUAUUUUUUAUAUAUAUAUCAUAUAUUUUUUUUGGUCACCGAUAGUAACAACAAUAACAACGACAAGUGUGGGGAACUAUACCAGUGUUGGGUAUAAUAUUUGCAUUACUCGUUUACCCGACCCGACACCACCCCAAUCCCUAAAUCUGGCGAUUCUGGACGCUUGUCCUCUAAAUAAUGAAUGUUAUGCCAAAUGAGGGACAGCCGUCAGCAACAGCAGCACAAGUAUUAGCGAACAGCAGUGGUUCGGCCAGCAGUCAGACGAAGAAGUUGUCAACUUCGGUGGUAUUAGCGGCUAAUUUAUCGUCGUUAGCGGCCACCGUAACAGCUCAGUCGUCGGCUAAUCAAGGAGGAGGAGUAGGACAGCAAUCGGGCGGCAAUUCAGUGAAUCGUCGCAAAUCGGAGUCGUCUCGUCAACAGCACAUUCAACUAAACAAAUGUCUAAAUGAGAAGCGCCGUCGGGAACAGGAAAACAUUUAUAUUGAAGAGUUGGCUGAGUUGAUCUCCGCCAGCCUUAGUGACAUGAACUCACUAUCGGUUAAGCCCGACAAGUGCGCCAUUUUGCAGGAGACGGUCAAACAGAUCCGCAUAAUCAAACAACAGGUUACCCGACAAGAGGAAGACAUUAGCUGUAGUCUCUCUGUUAGUGGUACCGACGAUUGUGACGCGUCGGCCGUUCACGACCUGCAGGCCUCUGAGGUUAGCAGUUCGCGGCCCACUAUAUUAGCCAACGACGUAUUGGGCCCACUAUUGCUCGAAGCGUUAGACGGCUUCCUAUUUAUACUGAAUACCGACGGCCAGAUUGAGUUUGUUUCGGAGAAUGUCCACUCCUUUCUUAAGUUUUCCCAAUCAGAACUGGUCGGCAAACCCAUCUACCAUAUAGUACACGUGGGCGAUCACCCGCGCUUUAGCUCAAACCUACUGCCCAUGUCGGCCAUCGGUAACGGAUUCGGCUGGUCAGACAACACACAAUCUACGAGUAACACAACGUCUACCAGUGGCGGACUGAUUAGUGGUACCGCAACCAGUACUACCACCACAUCAUCAACAACAGUGUCAAAGUCGCGUAGCUUUAACGCCCGGUUUAUUAUUAAACCGGCCGACAGUUGCGGUGGCGAUCACUCGUACAAUGACUCCGAUAAUGACGACGACGAGGACUUAGACGCCGAAUUUGCUUCGCUAUUGAAGACGCCGGCGUCCGUCAAGUGCAGCUCAAAAAAGAGUAAAUCGGAUAAACAAUUGCCCGGUUUGGGCGGUACCGGUGGCACCUCAUCCUCUACGUCCAAUCAAUCACCGCAAUAUGAGAAUAUGCAGGUGUCUGCCGUAUUUGUGCCCUCAUUGGACAGCAAACAACGGCACGCACAGGCCAGCAGUCCUACGGCCGCCAUUACGGCCAGCAGCAGUGCCGACGAAAAUAGUUUAGUGUGUGUCGCCCGUCGAAUACCCGUAACGGACAAAUCGGGCGGCAAUGUUGGUGUCGAACUGUUCACUACACGACUUGACCUGACAGGCAAAGUGUUGAGUAUCGAUACCAGUGGUGUUUCGUCCACUUAUAGCCAAUACCUGAACAAAGAUUUGGUCGGCAAAAGUAUACUGGAAUUGUGUCAUCCGUCGGACUUUCCCAAAGUGGAGGCCAACCUCAGGGAUGCCCUCUCAACCAAAAGCAAUGUCAACUCCAGUAUAUAUAGGCUAAUGGUGGCCGCCGAUAAGUACGUGCACGUGCAGACUAAGUACAAGGCCUUCAAUGGGGCCCAAGGGGUGGUCAACGAGCCGACCAACUUUAUUAUGGCCACCCAUUCCAUUAUAAAGGAUUCGGAAAACAGCUGCUCAUCGACGGAGGCCUCAUCGUCGUCACGCGGCGGCACACCCUCACCGAUCACUACCGUCACCUGGUCGGGCAAUCCUACGUUUGCCUCUACCAUUGCAUCGAGCACUGCCACCCUUACCAGUGGUGGACAGUUAACUUCUUCUUCUGCUUCUUCAUCAUCGACCGGUGCUAACUGUAAUUCAUCCACAAAUAAUCUGAUCUCUUCACUGAACUCCUCUAAUUUGCUCACUGGCUCAUCAAUAUCGACAUCGCAAACAAUGCCCGGACCGGUCAUAUACGCCAAUACACAGACGGGUAUGAUAUCAACACAACCGUUCCCUUCAUUCCCUUUGUCGCCGGCAUCGGUGUCCGAUUUUUCGCUCAACGAAUGUUUCAGCGGUUUGGGCGAAAUGUUUCCGACCUCGUCGUGGGACAACUAUGACGCCAACAGUCAAGAGUCGCACCAAUCUAUCACCAACACGACCACAACUGUUCAUACAGUAAUGGUCGCCUCCAGUACGGCCACCUCAGGGACAGGCAAUGCGCCAUCAUCGUCUUCAGGUGUCUACUCUUCUAAUCCAACGCCACCGCUUGUAUCGGCUUCUGGUGCCGUAUCAACACAACAAGGAGGUGCCUCAAGUUCUGGUCCGGGCUCUAAUCAACCGACACCAGGCCAACAACAACAACAACACCCAUUACCGUCACCUUUAUGUGCCUCAUCGCCAUUGGUGGCUAAUCUGGUCAGAAGUCCUUCAAAUCCUUCACCGCAAUCAAUGCAACACAAUUAUACAAGUGUUUCAUUGGAUGACUUUUCACCGGCCAGUAACGCGUCCUCCACGGCUAAUAUGAUGGUUUCGAAAGGCGCUGAUAAUCAUAAACUAAGAAAUCUAUUAACACACGGCGCGUCUCAUAAUAAUACAAUGUACGGAAUGGGUGGUAGCGCUGAGGAAGCGGAUAGUUCACCGAUUCAUCACAUCAAGAAAGAGCCAGGUCUUCAAAAUUCAACAAACAGUAGUAAUGACUAUAUCUUAAGAGAACUGCUAGAAGAGGACGAUCCGCCCGAUAUGUCAACAUCGAUAGCUCCGCCAUCAGUGCCACAACCGCACACACCAUACAGUGAAAGCUCUUGUCCGGGUAGUGUCGGAAGUAUGGAUGCUAAAAAAGUUUCAUCCAAUAACAACAAUAUGUUGCGUAUGUUACUCAACGACAACGAUGACCAGAUGACCAAAAGUCGGCCGGACAAUAGUCGGGAAACACAUAAAUUAGUCGAACAAUUCAUGUUCAACAACAACAAUAACAAAGACAGUGAUAAAGACGGCGGUCAUAAUUUUAUGGUACACCUCAAGAAAGAGCCACUCGAUUCCAAAGGCCAAUGUACGGCUUCAUCGUCAUCCCUGCCCACGAGUCUCAGCGAUGUGAUGGCCAACUCACUGGCCAACAAACGCAAAUCAAUUGACGAAACGGUCAGUCACUACGAUGCCCUAUCACAGGAUCAGAAACGUGCCGCUGGUGUCCAUAGCCAUCAGCCGGCAUUGCUGGCCGGUCAGAACCCGAUGUUGGCUUCAAUGUUGGCCCGAACUCCUACAUCAAUGCCCGAUGAGAUAUCAUUACCCACUUCUAUCAUCUCACAGACACCGGACGCCAAACUGCCGAAGAAUUUGGAUAAGAAGCUGAUACCAACACCACUACAGCCCAAUGUACAUCCACUACAAGUCCAACAAUCUGGUCAACUAACACAGUCUAGUGGCGGACAAGUAAUCUUUACAUCAGUGGCCCAAACAGUGCCUCAUUCAACACAACCAAUGAUUAUUUCUAUGGGAAGUGUUGGACAACUUAGACCUCAACAACAGAUGCAUUUUCAAACCACUCCUCAGCGUUUACAACUUCAACCGCAAGUACAACAUCCCAUUCGCAUACAAGACUUUCAACAAAUGGCAUCGCAAUCUCAACAACAAAUUGUUCACCAACAACAGCAGCAACAACAACAACAACAACCACCGCAAACACAAUCUUAUUUGAACCAAAUCUUAUCAGAUCGUCCGCAAUCACAACAGCAGCAGCAACAACAACAACAACAACAUCAUCCACAGAUCAGGGCUCUCAUGGCUCAGACACAAUCCGGUCAAUCGGUGACAAUGCAGCAGCAGUUGACACAACAACAGUCACAACUAAGGCAUCAACAACCGCCUCAAGUUUCAGCCACAACACCUCAUACACCAUUGCAGGCACAACAGUCUUUCUUUCAACAAUCUGUUCCAGUUCAGCAACAGUCUAACCAACAACAGCUGCCAACUUAUAUAUCGACAGCCAAUAAUCCGCCGCAACUAUCUUUUGAUGAGUCGGCAUCCGAUCCCAUACUGUCGUCUAUUUUGGACGACUUUAUUAGUAUGCAGCAAGAGAUGAACUUAGACCUGCCCGCCAAUACAGCCGGCAAUAAUAAUAAUAAUAACAAUAACAAAAGCCGGCAGACAUCUAAUUCACAGCAAAAUGAGGACAUAAUGUUGUUGCGUAUACUCGAAGAGGUUAUUGAGCCGCAAGCACCUAAUGUGGCCACUCCUACCACUCCGGGACCGCCGCCAGAUCUCAAUGAGCGGCUGGCGAUCAGUGCCAUUCAAAAACAACUGAUGAGCUUUGAAGUGACGACACCCACCUCAAUGAAUGUGGUCUCGCCGUCUUUCAAUAAUGUGUCGACAACGCAAACUGCGCCCAGUUAUCAACAAAUACCUCCACCCGCUUACACAGCAACGGGUUAUGGACAGCCUAUGACUGGUGGUGGACAACAGGGUGUACAGUCACCACAGGCCAACUUUCAACUACAGCCACGACCACAGGGCGCGCGAAUGCCUAAACCGAGACAACAACAACAGCAAUAUCUGCCGCAGAACAUGCAGCUGAAUCCAAAUUUGACACAAGUGGCCGCAACGGUUCAGAUGAAACCGGGACAGUUGCAUAUGCGUCGACAGUUGGCUGACCGAAAAAUGAUGGAACAACAGAAGCGCCUACUGGCCCAACAGUCACAGCAACAAAUGAUACCACAAACGCAACAAUCGGAUGCCAUUACGUUUCAGGGCUUUCCCGAGAAUAUGAAUGAACUGCUCAAUAAUUCGGUGGCGCCAAAUGUGGCUCUAACAGUCAAACCCCGAACCGGACCACAAACACCUGGAUCCGGUGGCGCCAGUGAUGUAUCGCAGCAUUCUCCUCGAUACGGAAUGCCUAUGAACACCGGUCAAAAUGCCGUACCGUCGCCACUACCUCAGUCACCGGCACCGCAGCUGAGUCCAGGCCCGCAGGCGGCCUCGCGGGCUCCGUAUUCUCCCGCCUCCGCCCAACAGUCAUAUCCUAGUCCGUCGGGUAGUAGUGGCUAUCCGGCCGCCGCAGCCGCUGCUAAUACACACAGAAUGUCUCCACACUUUGUCUCUUCGCCAUCGCCCGCCAAUGCUGGCGGUCCCAACUCGCCGCUAAUGCAGAUGUCGCCACAGACCAACUCGUGGUCUCAGGCUGUGGUGCGACCGCCGCCACAAAUGUCGGGACAACAACAACAAAACAUUCAGAUGGUUGGCCAACAACCCGGACAGGGAGUGUCUCUACAGAAGACAAAUCCUAUGCUCAAUGCACAGCUAUCAGGUUCAACUCCCACCUACGCCGGUACCGUCCAACAACGGUUUCCACCACGUGCAAUGCGAGCCUCGGCACCACCUCAAUCCCAUAAUGCCCGGAGCUCACCAUAUCCGGACCAACAAUUUGGUCAACAGUUUGUACAGCAACCGAUGACCAACGUCCGAGUUGGCCAACGUAUGAGUGUUAGUUCUAUACCGUCACCGAUGCGGGUCAACUCUCCGCGUUUCCCCAAUGAGACAUCACUGUCGUCGCCAUCCAAUCCUUACCAAACGGUGCAGACAACAUACCAGCAAUCGUCCACUGAGUUCAACUUUGACCAGACAUAUGUUGCCACAAGUAGUCAGCCCACCACACCUCAGACGCCAGGAUCUGCACCAAUGGGUCCGCAAUCUAACCGAAAUAACUCUGGCAUGACUUCCGAGUAUGUGAAGGAGUCGCUCAGGAGUCAUAUUAGCGGCCGAAAUGCCCAACAACAUCAACAGUUACAAAAUCAAGCGCCACCGCCAUCAAUGUCCGCCCAAUCUUCACAGCAACAGCAGCAGCAACAACAACAACAACAGCAACAACUGUACGAUCUCGAUAUGUUUAGCUUUAUGUCCGACAGUAACGAUGAUUUUACGUCCGGUUUGCUCAACAACAUUGGCGACACCGGUUCAGACAUGAGCUCCCAAUUGAGCUUCAAUAUGAAUCGAACUAAUUCUAUGGAUGACACGGGUGUCAAACCAGGUGACGGCAAGAAAAGUCUACUCCAGCAGUUACUAUCUGAACCGUCAUAACAUACCAGUGCUGACCGACUGUGACUUCACAAUUGACUUUGACUGACCCCACUUGAGAUUUUCAGUGGGUUGUAUUGCUUUCACUAUUGUUAUGAAUUUGUUGAACUUAUAAGAUAUUUAUAAUAAUGUGUUUUAUGUUUGGAUAUCAUCAAUGACUAUAUAUGUGUUUGUGUGAUGAAUGAGAUGACACUAAUUUGUUAAUAAACACUCAUUCACUCACUACAACACAUACACACCCACUCUCAUACAUACACACACCUCAACUGCUAAUUGUUGUUAAAUUAUUAAUUAUUAUUAUUACUAUUAUUACAUAU